CGAAUGGAACAUUAUUUAGCUCCAGUGUUACAACAAUUCCAGAAGCUUGGAAUCACGAGUGCUAUAGCUGUGAGUGAAGAAACAGUAAUUUCCUUUGCACCUCAGGAAAGUUUGGAAAUCGAUACGAAUAGUCAAUCCAGAAUGGAACUCAGCUGUCCGUUCACUUGGGACAUGGAGGAUAUUGUUAAAAAUCGAAUUAAAUUGAUGGACGAAAAAGAAAAUCGGUUGGAAGCUGUUACUGAUGUACAAGAAGAUUUUCCAGAAUUUUUAGUAAUAUAUCAUCUUUUACUAGCGUACGAAAAUACAUUAAGUGAUGAGCUGUCGGCUGCCGCCCAGUGCAUCGUGGAUGCUGAAAAGUGUUUGACUGAUAUCAAAGAAAAGAAAACACUUGUAAAUGUGGAAAACGUUUUGCAACAUAUUUUAAUUGGAACGAAAUACAAUGUACUCAAGAAGCUGGGACAGUUGACAGAGGCGAGUGACCUUUUGAAAGGGGUUUGUCAUAUGGAUGGCAUGAAUAACACGGAAUUGGCUAUGUUGAAUGGAUGCACAUGUUUAGCCUGGUCACUGUAUCAUGCAACCGACAAUUUAAAAGCGAUAACAUAUGCGCAAAAAGCUAUUGAAUACGAGAGUGACAAUGGCAAAUGGUAUUUUUUGUUGGGAAAAAAUUACAGAAGAUUGAGAAGGAGGGAUAAUUCUUUAGCUGACCGGCCAAGUCAACAAGAAGUAGAAGCUUUCAAGACAGCUUACAGAUAUUCAAAAAGAGUUUUGUUUGGUGUAUCUUUGGCUCAAAUGUAUCGAGAGUCUGGAAACUAUAGUGAAGCUGAUAAGAUUUAUGAGCAAGUAUAUGCUCUUAAACCGAAUUGUUGCAAAGUGCAACUGCAAUUGGCCCUUGGAUUUAUACGAACAAAGAAAUGUCAAUUGGCAAAAAAUUGUUUGGAUUUUGUAACUGGAAAGAUGCCUCAUUCCCUGAUAUAUGCACACUACAUGGGUAUAUAUGAGGAAAAGUGCAACCGAAAUUUUGAAGCUGCUCUGCCAUAUUACUCAGCAGCAAUACAGGGGGCAAAUUUUGCGGCAGAAUGCCAUUACAUGAAAUGUAAGAAAAUCGUUGAAGGUGUUUGGGAUCCACUACCGUACAUGUUGGAAUUGUUGAAUAAGUACGCGAAAGACUCCGAUCAAACAAAACACCAGAUAAACAUUAUAAUUGGAUCGUAUUAUCUCUUUGAGAUGCAGGAUGUUGUGAAUGCAUGUCAAUAUAUUGCCAAUGCUAUAAAAAUUAAACCAAAUGCUAAGAUACUAAGGGAGCAUUUUGAUCUAUUCCGUGGAUACAGAGUGAAUAUAUACCAGGCAUUGGCAAAAGAAAUUACUUUCAUAAAACAAACCAAGUCGAUAAUUUUCAGCGACGAGGAAAUGGUAAUAUUGGAAGAUACGUUGCGCCUCUGUAAUAGGAACUGUAAAAAUUUACCUUCAAUCUGUACAUCUGAAGUAUGCACAUCUAGUAAACCAUCGUCAAAGAGCUUCCACGAUUAUCAUCGAGGUUCUGUGAAUACAAAAGGGAAUAGCAGUAGUGAAAGAGGUUGUACACUGAAUCGAGGCUCUGCACCCAAUCAUAUUCCGAGAAGUAUUUUUAGUACCAAAAAUCUCGCCCAAGGAUCUCAUCGAGGUUCUGUGACUGUGGAAGGGAUUACCCGAAGUGGAAGAGGUCGUGCAUCAAAUCGAGGCUCUGCAUCAAAUCAUAUUCCGAGAAGUACUGAUAAUAUCCAUGCCCAAGGAUCCUGGAGAACAAGCCGUGAGUUGCAGAGUAACCGAGGCAGCCGUACAGAAUCGCAUUCGGUGAGUGCAUCCAGAAAUACAGGAGGGUCCAGAGUCACAAAUCGUGGACAAGAUAUGCAAAAAAUGAGAUCUACAAGUCACAACAUCUCAUUGUCAGACGAUGACGGUGAAGCGAUGGCAUCAUGUUCCCUUGUGAGAACCGUUAAAAAACUAGAUAUUUGAAAGUGAGUUUAUCUCACGGUAAUCACUUGGAACAUUUUGAUUGAAAUCAUUAUGUAAACCAUUAUUACUCCUUGUGUGAAAAUAU